UUUAUUCUUUAUUGUCUUAUCUCAAUAUUAACAGAUGAUGUCUUCUAUUUAUAGUCUCAAUUGAAAUUUUAAAAAUUCAAUUGUAUUCACAAGAUUGAAUUAUACAAGUGACAACUAGUCUGAAACCAACAUGAAAGAAAAAAAGUACGACGACAGCAUGAUACUCUUCUCUGAGUACCUGGUAGGAAAUAUGGACCCAACGAUGCCUACUGUAACAGAAGAUACAGCUGAACUUCUAGAAGAUCCCGAGGCCUUCAUGCCAACAGAAGAAACUCCAGUUGUGAUUUAUCAGAAGUCCAAAGUGAUCUUCUUUGCCUAUUUUAUACCAAUCAUAUUCUUAGUACUUGGUAUUAUCAUCUUUAUGGGUGCAGUGAUACAAAAAUUCAAAAAGCAUAACCAGAAUCAAAACAUUUAAAAUGAAAGUUGAGAAUUCGCAAAAGAGAUCCAAGAAAGAGCUCGCCUUUUAAAAGUUGAAU